AUGGUGCAAGGCAUUAUCGUCAUCGCUCCCUCGCCUUCAAAUCUUGAGCAUGUCCGGAUUUUGCCAUCACUUCAGUUGAUCGAUUUGUAUAAAAACAAAUUCAGUGGGCAACUGAAUGAAUUUGCAAGCAUAUCCUCUUCCCAGAUUAGUUAUAUUGACUUGAGGCUCAAUGGCACGCUAGACCUAUCUGAUUUUCUACAAAGAUUUAAGAGCCUCACAGAACUUGAUCUCUCAUUCAAUCGCUUGUCCAUUGGUACAAACGAUUCCGGGGAAAACUCCACUUUUCCCCAGCUACAAAUCCUAUUUUUGGCUUCUUGCAACUUGCGUACCAUCCCUAAAUUUUUAAAUAACCAAACAUCUUUACAAAAUCUUGACCUUUCAAUGAAUCAAAUCACAGGCACAAUACCCGAGUGGAUGUGGAAAAUUACUAGGUUCAACCUUUCUUUCAAUCACUUAGUGGAACUAGAACCACCUUUGACAUUCUCAAAUAAUUUAGGGUUUAUAGACCUCUCUUCCAAUAAUCUUCAGGGCAAAUUCCCAUUUGUCAAAUCCAAUUAUUACUAUUUGGAUUGUUCCAACAAUAAUUUCACUUCCUUCAAUCCAGACAUAGGAAACUAUCUAUCAUAUGCUAGCUACAUGUCAUUUUCGAGAAAUAACUUACAUGGGAUCAUCCCUGCGUCACUAUGCAGUGCCAAAAAUCUGGAGCUUCUUAAUCUAGAACAUAAUCAUUUGGGUGGCACAAUUCCCGAAUGUUUUACUACCAUGACCCAACUCAUCGUGUUGAAUUUGAGAGGAAACCAAUUAGACGGUGAAAUCCCAGAUAGAUUCAUAAAAGGUUGCAGUUUACAAACUCUUGACUUGAAUGACAAUUUUAUGCAAGGAAGGAUACCUCGAUCACUUGCCUACUGCAAAGAUUUGAAGGUAUUAGAUUUUGGAAAUAAUCAAUUGGAUGACACUUUUCCUUGUCAUUUGAACAGCUUGUUUAACUUGCAAGUUCUAGUCCUUCAUUCCAACAAGCUCCAUGGAACUAUUGUUUGCCCACAGAGUCACUCAAUAUGGCCAUUGCUUCAAAUAAUGGACGUAGCUUCCAAUCACUUUGUUGGUGAGCUAAAAUCCCAAAUUCUUUUCAAGUGGAGGUUAAUGGUUGCUGGAACAACUAAAGAGAAAUCAAAAUUUAGGUUUUUGCAAAGCUCUAGUUCAACUGGUGAUGACUACCAAAAUUCAGUGUCAGUCAACUUUGAGUUGCAAUACAUCCUAACAAUCUUCACUAGCAUUGAUUUCUCCAACAAUGCUUUUCAUAGUGAGCUACCGGAAGAAUUGUGA